GCAGCGCGCCCCGCUCGGGGCAGAGGCCGGCUGGGCCUCGCCUCUUCCUGGCGCCGGCGAGCGGCUUCCCGGGCGGCCUGGGUGAGUCGUCGGCCGCCGCCGGGCCUCCCGCGCCCGCCCAUGGAUUUCACCUAGGCCCCAUGGCGGCCCCCGAGACGCUCCCGGACGUGGCCUCGGCCUCCAGCGCCGCGCUCUUCCGCCUCCGCCACCUCCGCCUCGGGCUGGACCUGCGGCCUGAGGCCCGCGCCCUGGCCGGCUGCCUGGUGCUGGAGCUGUGCGCCCGGCCGGCGCCCGGCGGGGCCCAGCCAGAAGAGGCGGCCGGGGAAGCCCGCCGGCCCCGCGUCCUGGUCUUGGACGCGCACCCGACCAUGCGGGUGGCCUCGGUGGCUUUCCGGGCCUGUCCGGCCGGCGAGGCCCGCUGCGGCUUCAUCUUCUCCGGCGGGAGCGGCGCUGAAGGCGAGCCGGGCCGCGGUGCCCUUCCUCCUCCGCCCGCCCGCCCGUCUUCGGCCCCCGCGGGCCACCCGCACCCGCACUGCCCGCUCAGCACCGCCAGCGCACUUUCGGCCUUGGGGCAGGCGCCGCCCGAAGGGGACCGGCCGGGCCUGGUGGCUUCCCCGGAGCCCUUGCGGGACGCCCCGGCCGAGGUGGCCCCGCCGCCGUGGGGCGAGCCUCCGCCGGCCGGGCCUUGGGCCUGCGCCCCGCUGGAGAGCGCCGAGGCUCCCGCGCCGCCGCUGCCCACCUUCCCCCGCUCGGCGCCCGCCGCCCGCGCCCCUUGCCCGCUCUUCUUCCGCCUGGACCCCUUCACCGACUACGGCUCGGCGCUCAGCAUCUCCCUGCCGGCCUCGCUGGAGCCGCAGCGGCCCUUCCAGAUCAUCGUCCGCUACACCACCGUGGAUGCCCCCGCGAUCUGGUGGCUGGAUCCGGAGCUCACCUACGGCAACUCCAAGCCAUUUGUUUUCACCCAAGGCCAUUCGGUGUGCAACCGGUCCUUCUUCCCUUGCUUUGACACGCCGGCUGUGAAAUGCACUUACUCCGCGGUUGUCAAGGCCCCUGCAGGCAUGCAGGUGUUAAUGAGCGCCACCCAAAGUACCUAUGAGGAAGAAGAGGGCGUAUACCAGUUCUACAUGGAGUAUCCCAUCCCUGCUUACCUGGUGGCUCUGGUGGCCGGGGAUCUUGUUGCCGCAGAGGUUGGUCCCAGGAGCAAAGUCUGGGCCGAGCCAUGCCUAUUGUCAACAGCCAUCGGCAAACUCUCAGGUCGGGUGGAGCACUGGCUGAGCGCUGCAGAGACCCUCUACGGUCCAUACAUAUGGGGCCGGUACGACAUCGUUUUCCUCCCUCCCUCGUUUCCCAUCGUCGCCAUGGAGAACCCCUGUUUGACCUUCGUCAUCUCGUCCAUCUUGGAGAGCGAUGAGUUUCUCAUCAUCGACAUCAUCCACGAAGUGGCCCACAGCUGGUUUGGCAAUGCUGUCACCAACGCCACCUGGGAAGAGAUGUGGUUGAGCGAAGGGCUGGCCACUUACGCUCAGCGCCGAAUCACGACGGAGACUUACGGUGCUGCUUUUACGUGCUUGGAGACAGCCUUCCGCCUUGAUGCCCUUCACCGGCAAAUGAAGCUCCUUGGGGAGGACAAUCCUGUCAGCAAACUUCAGGUUAAACUUGAACCAGGUGUGAAUCCCAGCAACCUGAUGAACCUCUUCACCUACGAGAAAGGGUUCUGCUUUGUUUACUAUCUGUCUCAGCUGUGCGGAGACCCAACACAUUUCGAUGCCUUUCUCCGAACUUAUAUCGAGAAGUACAAGUUCACAAGCGUUGUAGCCCAAGAUCUGUUGGAUUCCUUCUUGGCAUUUUUUCCAGACCUGAAAGAACAAAGCAUCGAUUGCAAAAUAGGGCUAGAGUUUGACCGCUGGCUCAAUGCCACAGGGCCUCCUUUGGUCGAACCAGACUUAUCUCAGGGAUCCAGCUUGACCCAGCCGGUGGAGACGUUGUUCCAUCUCUGGACCACGGAGCCUCUGGACGCAGGAGCUGCUGCGAACAGCGUCAACAUCGCCGAGUGGCAAACAUUCCAAACGGUGCUUUUCCUGGAUCGGUUACUGGAUGGGUCGCCCUUGCCACACGAGGUGAUAACAAAGUUGUCCGAAUGCUACUCGGCUCAGCUGGAAAACAUGAACGCCGAGAUUCGUAUCCGCUGGCUGCAGAUCAUCGUCCGCAACGAUUACUAUCCUGAUGUUCACAAAGUCCGUCGCUUCUUGGAAAACCAGAUGUCCCGCAUGUACACGAUUCCAUUAUACGAGGACCUCUGCACCGGCACCCUCAAGUCCUUCGCCCUGGAGGUUUUUUUACAGACCCAAGCCCAGCUCCACCCGAACCUGCGGAAAACCAUCCAUCAGAUCCUGACCCAGGGCUUGAACCCACCACUUCUUGCCACGGACACGGCCGCUGUGGUGGCGGCGGCGGCGGCGGCGGAUCCUCCGGGCUCCGAGCUUGAGGGCAGAGCAGCCGCGCACGGUGCCGUUUCUCUCAGGGACGUCAAUGUGUCUGCUUAGCUCAAUGCUGGACCUUGGAAGCUGGGAGGGGCCAGCCAAAAACGCCAAGUUAGGACUGCCCUCUCUUGCCCUUCGUGCCACUGCUGGGGUGGGGUGUGUGUGUGUGGGGGGGGUGUUGGGGGCUGGGUUUUUUGUUCAAAAUCCCUCCCCAGGUGUGUACAUCGAGAGUCCUACGUGCCUUCAGGUGCCUGACCCCUAGGCACAGCGAGAUAUCAGGGAUGUAUUUUUUUUCCUUUCCUAACUCUAUAAGCAGCGACUGGGAACAAGCGAUGGGUUGGGCUGGUUGCAUCAUGAAUGUGGAACAUCGGAUUGCAUUAUUUUCUUUUUUUCUUUUUGUGCAUCUGCCAACGAAGCGCAAUUUCCAGCACUCGCUCGCCAAAGCCUGGCCUUGAAGGAGGCAGAAUCCUCCCUGGUCCCAGGGCUGGAAGGGAAGGGGGGGAAAAAAAAACUGAUUAGGAUCAUGGUAAAUGUUGAUGUCGGGAUCUGUCCCGUUGUACGCUGCGCUCGUGACACCCCCCCCCCCCCGGAACCCUAAAGAAUGAAACGUUUCUUCCAAGCGGUGUCUGCCGAUUUCAGGACAUGGGUUGGAAAAAUGGGCCAGGGAUGAAAAGAGAUUUGGUUGUAGGGUGCGCAGGCUGAAGGUGUGUGAGCGCACAGCAGGCUUUAUAGAGACGGGGGGGGGCACGGGGGGCAGAAGCCAACCCUUGGGAGUGGGGUGGUAGGAACGUGGGUGUUUAACACUGCUUUGCUUUCCUCGGAGACCAGCCAGCCCAACGGUUAACGGUGUAGUAGGCGCACAAUUGCCCAGCAGGAACGGACGGGAAGGCCCUUGCGAGAUUGCGCCACGAUUAUGUCAGUGGCCAGUCCCCAAAUGCAACAGUACAAUGUCGUUAUUUCCUUUCCACCACGGGUAAAAAUAGGAGUGUUAAAUCUUUGCAAAAAAAAACACCAACCAGCCAGACAAAAGCCUUUCCUGAGGCUGCUGUAAACCUACUGACUUUGUCUUCGCAUCUUUGUGGCGCUGUGGUCUUUGGAUGGUGCCGCUGGUGGUUUCCAACCCCUUCGUUCAUUUCUCCCCCCCCCCCCCCCCCCCCCGCGCACACGAGCUCACGCAACCCCCAUUUCACGUGUUUUUAACCAAAGCAAUUCUGGGAUUUUCUUUCUGUGUUCAAGAGUAAUAUUUAUUCUCCGUCCCAGUAAAGGUGGGCAGAUAACCCCCUAGAUACCACUCCAGCGUCCAGCUCCGGCAGAGAGGAUGCGUGUCCGCUGCCUCCCACUUGGUGAAAACUGGUUCCUGGUCCCCCAAGGUGCUUCAAUUGUCUGUUUCCCCCCUGAAAUAUCGUUUCAUUUGGGGCUUCAGACAAAAGGGAGGACGAGCGAUAAUGAAGUCGGACUCCACAGUGGCUUGAGUUGGGUUGGGAUCAUUUGGCGUAGCGGUUCCGGAAUUCCUCCGCCAUUUGGAAAUGUGCAGGGUUCCCAUCUCCCCAGAAACCAGUGGUGGGAUGCAACUGGUUCGGUGAGUGUGCGCUCUUUGCGUGCCUGCAGCAUUAAAAAAACCUGACCUUUUAAAGCUUCGAAACUUACUUUCUAUGUCAACGCCUGUGAGUAAAACAGCUGAUUCACGGGAAUCCGCUGUGCUGUGCGAAUUAGCUGAGGUAAAAAACGGACAUAUAGGACAGGAAAGCGGGGGCAGCGGGGGGACAAAUGCCCACCAGAACUAACGGUUCACCCGAACCGGCUGAAUCCCACACCUUGCCAAAAAUACCUUCCCGUUUUAAGGUGUUUUUGAUUGGCAGCACUUUUGACGCCUGCUCCAGUCAGGCCACAACCGCAACCACUACACAUCUUUCUACCAUCCUGAGCUCUUGUUAUCCUGCGUUUUUAUUUUUAUUUUCCAGGAGAAUGUAUGCAACCAGGGUGGAAAUUCCUUGGAGAUGUACCUGGAUGCCUUACAAUAACAUCACUUAUAAAUGUUGAAUUAAACGAAUGUUUGCGA